UGUAAAGUAGAACUCCCCACUAAUUCGAACGAUACAGCCAGUUUACAUUCAGGUAGCAUUCCAGACCUGUUAAUCUAUUACGCAAGGCGAUUAAUUCGGGACGGAUAGAUAAACAGAAACGAGUUUCCGUCGAGUGCGACGGAAAUGUCGAGAUUAGAAAGAAAUCAGUCGACAUCAUGGAGAGUCUGAGCGAAGGUGACAGGGCUGUCUUGAAGACGAUCUUCGAUCCGUUUCAAUCCGAUUUUCCUGGCUUCGCGGUUUUCCAGGAAGAUGAAGAGACAACAAAUACCUUAGAGGAGGCUCGCUUAGAACCGGAUGUAUUAGACAUCGUGAAGAAGGCAAUAGUCUUCGCGGAAGCGAAGAAUUUCGACGAUUCUUUCCGGCUUUUUGACGAGGCAUUAAAGCAAGCACCUGAAUCGCCGUUGAUCUUAAAUGAUAGAGCGCAAGCGUUACGUCUGGCGAAUCGAGACGAAGAGGCGUUGAAGGAUUUACAUUUAGCGGUGGAACUGAGUGGAGGAAAAGGAAAGGCGGGGAUCCAGGCGCUUUGUCAACGCGGUGCUCUUUAUCGUUCGAUGGAGCAGGAUGACAAGGCCAGAGAAGAUUUUACCCGUGCAGCCAAGGCUGGUUCGAGUUUCGCUAAAUCGCAACUGGUCGCUUUAAAUCCUUACGCGGCUAUGUGCAACGCGAUGCUGCGCAAGAUGACGCAUAUUCAUAACUAAUCAACUUUGAUCUAACAUAGGAUUACAAGUCAAAACAAUGAUCAUUUAAUAGAUAAUAACGUUUUAUUUUAUUUCUAUAUAGAUAAAUCCACGAACGGAUCCACAAGACCUACAGAUCUUGAUAUAAUGAUAAUCGUAAAAGUAAUAAUAUAAUAAUAAUAGUAUUAACAAUAAUGAUCAUUAGAAAAAAAUUUCACAUAAAAAUAUAAAUUAUCUGUAUUAAACCCGGAUAUAUAUAUAUCCAUCUGUAAAAUCGGGCCUAAUUUUUGUUAAAAAGGAACUCGCGCUAAAUCGCCAACGAAGAAAACGUCAAGUUCUGUAUACCCGUAAAGAUUCCUUCUCUUCCAGCUAAAUCAGUUCUCCCUAAAUUCGAAGAUUUACAUCUAACAGAGAGAGAGAGAACUCGGUGCGUAUUAAUUAACUACAUUGUCGGUAGACAUUGAUCGCAUUGAGAAAGAUUGAAGACUUCGAACAGUACCCACAAUUUAUUCAACGGAAACCGAUAACGAAAUUAUGCCUAAUAUGAUUUCUUCAUAUUACACACAUAUACUUGUAUAGAUAUUUAUAUAUGUAUAGAAUAAAAUAUGCCUUAUAUCA